CCCAGCCUCACCUGUGCCCCUGACCUGUGCCCACAGGUAGCUGGGGCCCUCACCUGAUCAUCGUGCCCACGUCGGUGAUGCUGAACUGGGAGAUGGAGCUCAAGCGCUGGUGCCCCAGUUUCAAGAUCCUCACCUACUACGGCGCCCAGAAGGAGCGGCGCCUCAAGCGACAGGGCUGGACGAAGCCGAACGCGUUCCACGUGUGCAUCACGUCGUACAAGCUGGUGCUGCAGGACCACCAGGCCUUUCGCAGGAAGAACUGGAAGUACCUGAUCCUGGACGAGGCCCAGAACAUCAAGAACUUCAAGUCCCAGCGCUGGCAGUCCCUGCUCAACUUCAACAG